UGGGGGAGGAGCCAAACAGCUCUGUCAAGCACACGUCGGAGGGUAAUAAACAGAUCUCAACUCAUGGACGCAGCUUCACCGUAUCAGUAAGCUGGACAGUGAAGGCAACAGCCACACAUUUGCCAAUUCUGGAGGUGUGAAGAGGAACCAUUAUGGCAGGCGACAUGUUGUUGCUGAUGAGGGGUCUAGCUAAGCUGAGCCAGGCUGUGAUCGAGACCCAGGCCAACUCUCUGCGGGUCAGUGGAGGGGUGACCAACAGCAUGCAAAUGACGGCUGAACAGGGCAUGAGUAUAGCCAUGCAGAAGAUCCAGGAGUUCACAGGCGGCCAGCAGAGCAUCUCUGAUUUCAGCACAGACAUGGAUUCCAAGAAUGAUUUCACAGCUUCAAAAGAGAACUUAGAAAGUGUGGGACAUGUAGGUUUGGACAGUGAUUCAGUUUUCAGGGACUCUAGCACAGGUGCAGCAAAGACACACAGCCAGGCUCCAGGGAAGUCCAAGCUGUUUGAAGGCUACAGGGACCCUACUAGCCAGUUUACUGGACAAAUACGCUUGUAUCACCAGGAUCACUCUUCUGUGGGAGGCAUCACAGCUGAGGACAUUGAGAAAGCCAGGGAGGCAAAGCGAAAUGGCUCCAAACCACAUAAACAAAUGCUCAGUGAAAGAGCGAGAGAGCGGAAGGUACCGGUCACGCGAUUGGGGAGACUAGCAAAUUUUGGAGGGCUUGCUGUGGGUUUGGGUAUUGGAGCAUUGGCAGAGGUGGCAAAGAAAAGCCUCAGAUCAGAGGAGAAGAAUGGUGAUAAAAAGGCAGUUCUUGACAACAGCCCCUUCCUGUCAGAGGCCAAUGCAGAGCGUAUCGUCAGGACGCUGUGUAAAGUGCGCGGGGCGGCCCUCAAACUCGGUCAGAUGCUCAGUAUCCAGGAUGAUGCAUUCAUCAACCCACAACUGGCCAAGAUCUUUGAGCGUGUCCGACAGAGUGCAGACUUCAUGCCAAUCAAACAGAUGAUGAAAGCUCUGAGCAAUGACCUGGGCCCCAACUGGAGAGAUAAACUUGAGAUGUUUGAGGAAAGACCCUUUGCUGCUGCCUCCAUUGGACAGGUCCAUCUGGCCAGGAUGAAAGACGGUCGAGAAGUCGCCAUGAAAAUCCAGUAUCCUGGAGUGGCCCAGAGCAUCAACAGUGAUGUGAAUAACCUGAUGACUGUUCUGAGCAUGAGCAACACCCUUCCUGAAGGUCUGUUCCCGGAGCAUUUGAUGGAUGUGAUGCGACGCGAGCUGACGCUGGAGUGUGAUUACAUAAGGGAAGCCAAGUGUGCUCGGAAAUUCAAGGAACUUUUGAAAGAUCACCCCUUCUUCUACGUGCCAGAUGUAAUUGAUGAACUCAGCAGCCAGCAUGUCCUCACCACCGAGCUGGUGCCUGGAUUUCCCUUGGAUCAGGCUGAGGGGCUAUCACAAGAUCUCAAAAAUGAGAUCUGUGAGAACAUCUUGAUCCUGUGUCUGAGAGAGCUGUUUGAGUUCAGAUACAUGCAGACUGACCCCAACUGGUCCAAUUUUUUUUACGAUCCACAAACUCACAGGGUUGCUCUGCUGGACUUUGGUGCAACAAGAGGGUUUGAUGAAAGUUUCACGGAUCUUUAUAUCGAGGUCAUCAAGGCAGCAGCAGAUGGUAAUAGAGAAGGAGUGCUAAAGCAAUCCAUAGACAUGAAGUUCUUGACUGGUUAUGAGUCUAAGUCAAUGGUAAAUGCCCAUGUGGAUGCAGUCAUGAUCCUGGGUGAGGCCUUUGCUUCAGAGAAGCCCUUUGACUUUGGAGCACAGAGCACCACAGAGCGCAUCCACAACCUCAUCCCUGUCAUGCUAAAGCAGCGGCUUAUCCCACCACCAGAGGAAACCUAUUCGCUGCACCGCAAAAUGGGUGGGUCUUUCCUUAUCUGCUCCCGCCUCAAUGCUAAGCUAUGCUGCAAGAACAUGUUCGACAAGGCCUACAGCAAUUACUGGAGCAAUCGCCAGAAAGGACCAAGCCAGUGAUGGACAAUAUUUCCAGCAAUCAUAGCUCAGAGUGUCAGGGCUUCGCAAGGAAGAAACUUGGAUAAGCACAAUGCUUUGGCCAAUUACUCGAAUGUAAACGGAUUGCACUUGUCCCAACUGACCGAACCCUACCAUUCAUACACUUUUGUUUGGUUGUUGUUGUUUUUUUCUUUGAGUGCAUUUAUGGGAAAUAAUAUCCAUGAUUAUCCAUGGUCGUGCUGUGCUAUUUAAACGGAUAUAUCUAUGUGCUUAUGGGAUCCUAUAACCAAGACAAAUUUGGUUACUCAUCAGGCAUAGAGAUUGUAAAAGUAACGAUUGGCUUUAGAAAGCUGAACAUUUCAUAACCAAGCCAACAAUUCCUCUGGAUUGCUGGACUACUUUUGAUAGCUGAUUCAUAGCUGCACCUUCCCUCAUUCUGAGAUCAGAAAUCAGUGCAGGUUUGUUCAAGGGACGCAUAGAUGCACCUGCUACAGUCAGAUAAGAUAGUACCUAUGUAGAUAGGCUACAAGGUGUUUCUGUGUUCAUUCAUAUAGUAUACACUGCUGGGCUUGCUUGUUUUAGCCCCUAAUACACAGUAUGUCAUAAUGCAUUUUAAAAAGCCAGGAUAUUAUUAAUGAUGGGGUGAUGUAUCACUUCUCUGAUGUGUGACAUGUACAUGAAUUUAAAUGUGCAUAGAGGAAUCAGGGUGAAAACUACGAGAAAGUAUUGUUCAGUCAUCUCAUAAUGGCUUCAUAUCAGAAGGCUUUUUUCUAACUAUUCUGCUAUUGGCAUUCUUACUAAACAUUGUGAUAAAGUUGUGAUUAAAUCUGAAAAAAUUAAAUCUUUUGAAUUAAGA